AAUAUCCACCUAAAUAAACAUUGCUUUCUUUCUUUUCAGAUUUCGUCAAGGCGACGACAUUAAUUUCUAAAGUUAGUCAACUAAGUUUAUUGCCGUGGCGCUGCAUUCAACUGAAGCCCUGAUGGCGGGCUUUCUCAAAUCAACAGAUCUCGGACCACAUCCUCAUAGCUACGGUGGGCCUCAUCAUCCACAUCAUAGUCAUGGACCGCCUUUGCCUCCCGGAAUGCCCAUGACGUCUCUUGCACCCUUCGGAUUACCACAUGGUUUAGAUGCGGUUGGCUUCCCCCAUCAAGAUGGCGAUCUUGGAAGAGAAUUUUUCGCUGAUCAUAGACAAGGGGAAAGAAAGAAAAGUUACGAGUUACGAAAACCAGUAGCCACAUAG